CAGGGGAGGAGCGACAGAACCGACCUGCAGCACCAAGCAGAGCUCCUGCAGUCAGUCUGAUGGCAGAGGAGGCACUGCAGCUCCUCACCAUGUCCUCCUUCAUCUCUGUCUGCCUCCUGCUUCCAAACCUCCUGCUGAUGUGCUCCUCGCAGGUGGCAGUGAUCUUUCCACAGGAUCCCGUCCUGCGUAUCGGCUCCAGUCUGGCAGCCACAUGCACGUUGAGCCCUGAGCUCGGCCUCCACGCCAGCACACUCUACUGGACCCUUAAUGGGAAGCGUCUGGCCAUCAGCGGGUACAACGUGGUGAGCCCCAACGUCCUCAGGGUCACCCUGCACCACCUCAACGGCUCCCGGCAGCAGUCCGGAGACAACCUGGUGUGCCACAGCGCCGACGGCCACGUGCUGGCUGGAUCUUGUCUUUAUGUAGGCAUGCCUCCAGAAAAGCCAGUUAACUUAACAUGUUGGUCGCGUAACACCAAGGACCUGAGCUGCAAGUGGAGCCCAGGAGGUGCUGGUGAGACCUUCAUCCGCACCAAAUACACCCUCAAGUACAAACUGAGGUGGUAUGGCAAAGAGAAAUGGUGUGAAGACUACAGCACCGUGCAGCAGCGCUACUCCUGCUACAUCCCUCGUGACCUCCCGCUGUUCACCCCUUAUGAGAUCUGGGUAGAGGCAGCCAAUCAGCUGGGCUCGGCCACCUCUGACAUCAUCACCUUGGAUAUCUUGGAUGUAGUGACCACAGAUCCUCCAGCCAACGUGCACAUGAGUCGUGUCAGGGACCUCGAGGACCAGCUGGUGGUACGCUGGGCCAGUCCCCCCUCCAUCGAGGACUUCUUGUUCCAAGCCAAGUAUCAGAUACGCUACAGGGUGGAGGACAGCACCGAUUGGAAGGUGAGGGACGAUGUUGGCAACCAGACGUCGUGCCGUCUGGGAGGCCUCCAGCCGGGCGCUGUCUAUUUUGUGCAGGUGCGGUGCAACCCUGUGGGGAUCUACGGCUCCAGGAAGGCCGGCAUCUGGAGCGAAUGGAGCCACGCGAUGGCAGCCUCCACACCCAGCCGGCUGCAGACGGGAUGUGACCCCAAACCCAGCGAGAAGAACUGCACCCUGCGGCGGGAGCUGAAGCAGUUUUUCGGCUGGGUCCGCAAACAUGCGUAUGGCUGCAGCGGCAUGUCAAUCAAACUGUAUGAUCAGUGGAGGGUUUGGCUGCAGAAACCACAUAAAACCCGCAACCAGGUAGAAGCUGCAAGACGAUAAUUCGUAGCACAGCCGCAGCUGUCCAAAAACAGAUGAUGAAACACAAAUGGACAUCGGCCCCGAGGA